UCAGUGCGGGAUCGCCGGCGGAGAGAGGAGAACGGAGGGAGAAAGCGCAGGGGCGAGAGGAGAGAACCGGGGAGACGCGAACGGGGCAGGGGGUUCAGCGGCGCGUACCGCUGGGCGGGGGCACGUCUCUGCCCGCCGCGGCCCGUUCUCGGGUGUCUCCAGCCCGGGCUGCUCCCCGCGCCAGCCCCGCUCGGGCGCCACUCCCCAGCCAGGCGCGGGGCGCUCCAGCCCCUGCCCUGCCCACCGCAAUGGGGCUGCGCCCGGGACCCGUCGCGCCCCUGGGCUGGGCACUCGCGCUCCUCCUGUCUCUGGCCGGCGGGCUCAGCGAGGCCACCCCGCACUUGAGGUACAACCGGCCGGGCGCCAGGAGCAAGAACUGGUGUGCCUACAUAGUGAACAAGAACGUGAGCUGCUCUGUGCUGGAUGGAACUGAGCGGUUUAUUCAGGCGCAGUACAAAUGUGCCUGGAACCAGUUUCCCUGUUCACCAACCCCAGUCUACCGUAUGAGUUUCAGACCUCGGUAUACAAUUGCUUAUAAGAUAGUAACAGAACUGGAGUGGAGAUGUUGUCCUGGUUAUAAAGGUGAAGAUUGCAGAGACGGUCCGGCAGAACAACCAAGAACUAUUCUGUUUCCCACUUCACCAUCACGACCUGGUGUGAAGAAAGUCUUGGACUCAGAACCAACGGAAAUGCCACGGGAAUCACCCGAGAAGAAAAUUCAAUUCCUUGAGGAUGAAUUGUUUCGACUUACGCGGACAGUGCUUGAUCUUCAAUCCUCCUUAGCAGGUGUGAAUGAAAACCUGAAACUAACUGUCCAAGAAGAUGCCAGUAAGAUGUUGGUCUCAUGGCUGAACAACCUUCAUGAUCACCCAGGGCCUGAUAGUGUCGUGGGUGGUGAAACAGACAGUAUUCAUCUGCCUGGAAUACUUGGCAAGAAAGAGCCUUUUACUGAUUUUGAGAUGGAAGACAUAAAGUCUGAACUAGCUGAGGUAAAAAAUACUUUGAAGACAAAAAAUGACAAGCUGGAAGAACUGAAUGGGAAAGUGAAAAGCUAUGAAGGGCAAUUAAAACAACUGCAGGAAGCAGCACGAGGACCUACAAUAACAAUACCGAGUGGUGAUUUAUAUCAGGAAUAUCUAGAUUCUAAAAUUGAGGCCCUGAGACAGGAAAUGCUGGAAGGAUUGGAGAAGAAAAUGGCAGAUCUGAAAAACUCAUGUGAAUACAAACUAAUGAAUAUCCAGCAACAAUGUGAUGACCAUGAAACCAGCUGUUCAGAAAUAAUACAACUUGUAGAAGAAAAGGAAAAUGGCCUGAGGAAAGAAAUAAAUGAUCUACGAACUCAGAUCCAGGCUCCUUCAAACCAGUCAGGUUGCUGCAAGACUAGCCACAGUGAUGACUUUGGUCAACAGAUAAAGAAUUUGGAUGAGAAAGUUGACAGAGUUGUGGAAGUACACAGAAUCUUAAAUGCCAGAAUAGAUAAUGAAAUCAUUCGCAUUUCCACUCCAAAUCUAGAAGACAUCUUUGGCCCAAGAUGGGAGGAGCUAGACGCUAGAAUCAAUGUUACAGAGAGGAAUGCUGAAGAACAUUGUUUUUACAUUGAGGAAACUCUCCGAGGUGCUAUAGCUGCUGAAGUAGACGAAGUCAGAGACUUGCUUGAUCAAAAACUACAGGCACUGGAAGACAGGCUGGGUGGCACUAUUUUAGAAAUUGCCAAUGCCACAGCCUCAGAUGGAAUAUCAAUUAGUUCAGGAUCAGUCUUGCACAGUGACUCAGGAUCUGUAAAUGAGCAGCUUACAACUGAGAUAAAUCUCCUGAGGAACAAACUACAAGCCAUUGAACACCUUUGCUGGCAGAAAUGCCAAUCUGCACCCCAAGAUAUGGAAGACAUUCAGAAAAGCAUAAAAAAUUGUAGCAACAAAUAUGAAUACUUGCUUUUGAAAGUAGAAGACAACUCUGCUCUUUUGAAGUCUUUAAAUGGUUCCGUUAAUGAGAAAUUUAACUUUACUAAGAGCAACCAACAGAACGUCCAGAAGGAUUUGCGUAGACUCCGAUAUGGUCUAAACAUCAUGGAUAAAGAUGUGAAAAAUCUUCAGGUUGGCUUGAGCAGCUGUAAGGAGCAACUUCUGGGUGUCAAUUCUACAUGUGAAAAGACCCAGCAAGGUGUAUUCAGAAAAAUAGAUGAAAUACAAAGAACAGUUAUGAAUCAAACUUCUCACCCAAAUGAUAAUUGCUGUAAUGAGGUGAAGGAGAGGAUGGAACAGCUAAAAGAACAAAUCUUUAAUGACCUCAGGAAAUGUAACGAGAACACCAGUGGUAUUCAGGAGGGAGUCUCAGAUGUGGGUAGCAGACUGUCCCAUGUUGAAAAAAUCUGCAGCAAAAUGGACUCCAUCUCAGGUAGCCUGCAGCGAAUAAAAGAAGGUCUGAACAAGCAUGUCACUAGCUUAUGGAACUGCAUCAAUCAGAUGAAUGGAACCAUGACAUCUCAUUCCAAAGACAUUUCUGGCCUCAAAAAUUCUGUCCAACAGUUCCACAAGCAGAUCACCAAAAUCACCACUGACCUUCAGGAGCUGAUGAAAAUUCAAUCUGGGGCACCUGAAAAUCAACCAAGAGUACCACUGGGGAUACCACAAGAAAGAACUCCCCUGCAGCCAUCGCAGCCAAGAACACCACUACAGCCAUUGCAGCCAAGAAUAGUAAUACAACCACCACGACAAGGAGCCCCUCUUCAGCCAUCACAACCAAGAACUCCCCUACAACCAUCAUUGCCAGGUUCAGCCACUUUACCACUUUUGCCUGGAUCAACUGGGAUCAUUAUGGAGUCUGGACAGGCUGGUCCUCCUGGCACAGUUGUAAAGUCAGGAAGUAGACGGCCUAAAGGCAUAGAUGGUCAGUAUACCUUGCCCAUAGCUGAAGGAUAUGCAGGAGCACCAGGGUAUCCAAAAUCUUCUCCGCCUUCUACAGACUCACAAGGACCUACUGCUGCUGCCACCUCUCUGGUGUCUUUUUCGGCUGGUCUUACUCAGAAGCCUUUCCCCAGUGAUGCAGGCGUGGUCCAUUUUAACAAAGUGCUUGUGAAUGAUGGAGACUAUUAUAAUCCUAACACAGGCAUCUUCACAUCUCCCUAUGAAGGGCGCUAUCUGAUCACCGCCGUCCUUGCUCCUGAAAGGGAUGAGUAUGUAGAAGCAGUGCUGUCUGUUGCCAAUGCAAGCGUUGCUCAGCUCCACACAGCUGGUUAUAGAAGAGAGCUGCUUGAGUAUCACAAACCACGAUCAGGGAAACGAACCUGUGGUGGAGCUGGAACAUUCCACCUCGUUCUUCACCUAAAAGCUGGAGAUGAAGUAAACAUUGUCGUUACUGGGGGCAAGCUGGCCUACACGGAUUCCGAUGAAAUGUACUCCACGUUUAGUGGAGUUCUUCUCUAUCCAGCCAUUGCUCAUGUCUAGGCUCCUCGUGAUAAGAAGGGCAAAGAAGUGAGAGACUCCUUAAGUUUUCUUACACUCCUCCCAGAAGUUGGCUCCAGGCGAUGUGUGACUCAAGUGUUGUUACAAUAUUGGUGGCUGUCCUAGAAAUGAUUCAUGGAAACAAUGUGAGCUGAGCACUCAGGGAAACCCACUUGGCAGGAAAGCUCCCUUUAAAAAAAAAACCAAAAAACAAACUGUCUAAUGAAUCAGUGAUAGAGAAGUACAGGGGGUAGUGCUGCUGAUUUAGCCAGAGAAGCCUUGCAGCAUGGAAAUAUAACAUGAAUGAGAUCUUCAACCUAACAGAAGAACAUUAGUCAAGCCUGUUAUGUGCCAAUUUCAAGGCAGGUUGGAAAGAAUCUGAGAACAAAUCAUACAAGACAGAGAUUUACAAGAGCUAGUGUCUGUCAUUCUGCGGCUGGGCAGACACACACGAAGACCUCUCAAGAACACUAGAACUAUUGAGAUGAGAGGAGCUUGCAAGAUAGCAUCAUAUAUAAAGGCAGUCAAAGCAGAAUACCCAGAUCAUUGAGAACAAACAAGAAUUUGUCAGAACUAUUCUAGAACAGAGGUCUGUAUCCGGAAAGACAGAUUCCACACAGUGGCCAAACAUGACCAAGGAUUUCUGAGUCAUGGUGAGCAGAUGUGAUACAGGUGAGGAAAUGCAGACAAAGCCGCUAAAAGACAACAAAAAAUAUUGCCUAACAGACCUUGGAACAAAGUAGGAAUGGACCUUUUCACCAAACACCACCUCGUUAUUAUAGACAACUAUUCACAUUUCUGGGAACUAGAUGAACUACCAUAGCAACCAUCCUAGACAAAGAAGCAGUGUGGUAUCCUGACCUGUAUAGAUUCAGACAGACCACAAGUUACUUUCAGUGAGCUUGUGCAAUUUACCUUGGAAUAGGAAUUUAGUCACAGCACAGCAUUGACUGGUUUUUAAAAAGUGCAAAAAGCCAAAGAGAAAAUACAGAAGCUAGUCUUGAGCGGAGAAACACUCACACAGACUGCAUUAAUAGUAGCCUGGUACCAUGCUUGAUGUCAAGAUGCACAUGUAUUGUGGUGUCUAGUCCCAGCCUUACUACAGCAAGCAGUAAUGAAAGAAGUUGAAUAGAGGCCAGUGAACUAUGCAGUCCACUGAAACUUGAUCAGCAGAACACAGAUGGACCGAGAGAGAACAGAACAGACUCAAAACACCACAGUGCCAUAGGAACCAAGUGCAAAGUCAGUCUCUUGUCACAAGACAGACCCGUGUUCACUCCAACAUCAAAUCACCUGCAAGGUAUGCACCAGACUUUAAGGAUUGUUCUUUCAAGCUUUGUAAAGUUAAGCGGGAGUAAAAACCAGUUGG